AUGUCCGCUGGCAAUACAGAAAUAUCCCAUGAUUUUCCAGGCUUUUUCAAGGUAUACAAAGAUGACCGUAUAGAGAGAUAUUGGAAUAGUGACUUCGUUGCAGCAGGCGUUGAUGCAGAAACCGGGGUCCAAUCCAAAGAUGUUGUAAUCUCACCAGCGACCAAUGUAAAGGCUCCCACCCAAGCAAAUGUCAUUGCCAUGUCGAUUGACUAUAGGUUAGCACCUGAACACAAAUUACCAAUCGCAUAUGACGAUUCAUGGGCUGGACUUCAAUGGGUCGCUAAGCACUCUGAUGGGAAAGGGCCUGAAUCUUGGAUUAACGAACAUGCAGAUCUUGGGCGGGUUAUCUUAGCCGGUGAGAGUGCUGGAGGCACCUUAGCCCAUUACUGCGCAGUUCAGGCUGGCGCUGCAGGAUUGGCUGGUGUGGCUAUAAAAAGGCUACUAAUAGUGCACCCAUAUUUUGGGGUAGAUCCGAAUGUGUUGAAAUUCAAGUGUGAUAAAGUGUUGGUCUGUGUGGCAGAAAAAGAUACGCUGAAAGACAGAGGGGUGGCCUAUUACGAAGCUAUGAAGAAAAGUGGGUGGGGUGGCACUGUUGAUUUUUAUGAGAGUAAAGGGGAGGACCAUUGCUUUCAUUUCUUCAAUCCUAGGAAUGAGAAUCUCGGGCUCCUUAUGAACAAAAUUGUUGAUUUCAUUCAGCUGAAUUGA